AUGGCUAAUAGCUUUGAGUUCGGGGAAUGUCCAUAUCAACGCCACUCGACAGCGUUUUUGACCUCCAUGACUUGGGUACUCCUGAUGGCGAACAGCAUCGGAACGAUUCUCCGGGCAUAUUCCUCCGGCAACUAUUGGUUCCUGAGUUUCAUCCUGUUCGUCUACUCCAGUUUGUUCAUUUUGGAAUGUUGCUACUGCGCGUAUCGCCGGCUGCCACGUGGCCAGAAAUCACCCCGGAAGACCCUCCUGGGAGUUGCGAUUUGGUGCUUGCUUUCGGGUAUCAUUUUCGGGUUCACUUACCAAUUCGCAUCCCUUUUCGACUUGGUUUACGCCGUGAUUCUUUACGCCGUCGCAAUCAUCGGCAGCGCCACCGUGUUCUACGGGUACUUCAUCCAAGAUGAUGAAGGUGACGAGAAAUGGGAUGAAAAGUGUCGCAAUGGUAAAGACACAUCCAGUGACUCCGAGAUGAAAUUCAGCGGUGGAUAUGUUGAAAUUGUUUUUCAGAGGGUGUAA